AUGGACCUGAUCGUUCUGAAGCUUUUGCUGCUCCUGUUGAUGAUCGUCGGCACGCUGGCCGCUGGUUUGCUGCCGAUCAAGGUCCUCGGUCUGCUGCGGCAUUCGGCCGCCCAUGCCCCGACUUCACGGCACCACCGCAACGUGUCGCUGAUUUUGUGUCUGCUCACCUGCUUUUCAGGAGGUGUGUUCCUGGCCACAUGCUUUUUGCACUUGUUCCCCGAGCUGCAGGAGACCUGGAAUGCUUAUAACACAAACUACAAUCUGGGCAUCAAUUAUCCGAUCGCUGAGCUGCUGUCGUGCAUCGGCUUCUUUUUGCUGUUUUUCAUUGAAGAAGUCAUCAUCAUGGCGAUUCCAUCAUUUGCUCAUGGCGGACACGGCCAUUCCCAUGGAAACCACGCUGCCGUCGAGAAGGAUGAUGGCACCGCUUCCGGCUGUUGUAUGGCCCCCGGAGUGCCCGAGACCCAGAUGAACUCGCAGGAGGAAAAGCUGCUUUCGGGAGCUGUUCAAUUCACUGAAAACAACACUAUUCCCGAUGCGGACAAGGAUAGCAAUGGCGGCUCGGACACGGAAGGCCACUGCCGGACACACUGCCCACUCACCGUCCAUGCCGUCUAUCGACGGGGGAACUCUGUGGAAAAGCCGAAUUGUCAAGUCAUCACUCCGGACCUGUGCGGUGCUGUCGUGUUGGCCGAGCCAGAGCGAUGCGAGACCAACUGCGAUCAGGUUCAAGAAGACCCGCCAAUUCUGAUGGCGUCGAAGCCUCACGCUCACUCGCACGGCGUCCGCUCGAUCACCCUCGUCGCGGCCCUCUCAUUUCACUCGAUCGUCGAAGGCGUCGCGCUAGGAAUUACGGGAAGUGCCACGGAAGCCUGGACGCUCUGCUUGUCGCUGAUGGUCCACAAGAUCAUCGUCGCCUUCUCGGUGGGGUUGCAGCUGGCCCGUACGCAUGCGCAUGCCAAACAUUGGGUGGUUCUGUCGAUCUUCAUCCUGGCCAUCAUGUCGCCGCUGGGCUCCCUGUUCGGAAUGGUCGUCCAGAAUACCUUCGACGGCGCCUUGAAGGAAGCGUUAAUGACGUUGUUCCAAGGUCUCGCUGUCGGCACCUUCAUCUAUGUCACCUUCUUUGAGGUGCUUCUGCACGAGCGCGACAACGAGCAUCCGAAUCUGUACAAGCUGUGCUUCAUGCUGCUCGGAUUCGCGCUCAUCGGCGCUUUCCGACUUUUUGACGAUGGUCAUCAGCACGGGCAUUCGCAUGCUCAUGGACCCGAUGACAUCCACCACGCAGAGAAUCUGACCACCGUCAUCCCC